UCUUCACGUCGGUGGUGACUGCUGCCUUCGUCAGGAGGAUCUUCUUCACGUCGGUGGUGACUGCUGCCUUCGUCAGGAAGAUCUUCUUCACUUUGGGGACGCGUCUCUGACAACAGUUUUCUUUUCCAGGAGGGUCUUCCCCUUCCGAGUGGCGUCCGCGCUUGCUUCCUUCGUCAGGCACCUCCCGACUCACGCCUUGCUUCCUCCCGUCUCCCAGAGUCUACACACCUGCACUCUUGAGGCUGCUGGCGAGAGGAACUGCCGUCCCAAGCCCUCCACCAUGGCCGCCGCUCCGAAAGUUUGCGUCCGUCGCAUUAAGCUUAUCUGUCUCAUGGAGAACGCAGGCAAGGACGUCUUGACCUUCGUGUUGAAGCGCGGCGCGCUGAACGCCCCCGCCACGCCGCCGGGCAAGUCCCUCACUGACUACCUUGACAACCUUCCUCAAGGCUCGACAGCCAACUAUGGAAGGAUGAGUAAAAAACAAAAGAAAGCAGCAGUGAACCACACCGACCGCCGCCAAGCACAACGCUUCCCUUUAUGGGACAAUUUUGAUUUGACUUUAUUGUACAAAGCAAUAAAGCUGACGUGCGAAGGCCUGGCGAGAGAUGGCGAUCCCGAAUGGGGGAACCAGAACACCCUGGAGGGAUUGGUAACAAAAAUCAAGGAUGAGCGGAAUGAACUCUUUCAUGAAGUGAAAUCUUUCAGCGAGGCAGAGUACCAGCAGAAAGUCAACGAGUUAGAACACCUCUUUAUCCGAGUCCUCGCCGCAGCCAAGACCAAAUACUGCAUUCCUGACGCAGAGGUGACACCCGUGCAGGACAACGCCCGGCAGGUCACUGAUACCUUCAGAAAAACAGGAAUGGAGAAAGAAAUUUUAAAAGAUUAUUUCAGUAUCAUGCACCAAGAAUUUAUGAGAGACAGUCAGACCCACCUCAAAACAUCCUAUGAUCGAAUGCAAACCUUUGAUCCUCUGUCCUUCCUUACCGACUCACCAAAACACCACCAUCACAUCCAGGACAUUUUCUGCAAGAUGUCCCUCGUGGAAGGAAGAGGACACCUUCAACAGAGGCGAGACAUCGACACUUGCGACGUGCUGACGGUGACGCGCCGCGCGGGACAGAAUCCACAGCCGUCCACAUCCUCAUCGGCCACGCCGCCCACGCACGGCGCCAAGCCACAGCUCAUCCUGAUCAGGGGCGUGGCAGGAAGCGGCAAAACGACCCUUCUCACCUUCCUUGUCUCAGAGUGGCUUCAGGAGCCCGGCGCCUGCACCAUCAAACACCUGGACGAGUACGACAUCGUGGUGCGUGUCUUGUGCCGCGAUGAUGAAGGCCCAUCUCUCCAGAACUUCAUCAAAGUGAUCCUCCCAAACCAUUUUGCUGUGAUGGACGAACACCUCAUCCCCCUCCUACAACAAAGCAAGGUUCUCUGCCUGAUUGACGGCCUGGACGAACUGUCGCCAGGCACUCCAUCACACAGCCUUGUGAAGGACAUCAUCAACAUCUCGAAAUACUCGCCAGGCUUCACACUCGUCUGCACAUCGCGGCCCGAAACAGUCAAAGACUUCCUGGCCAAAGUACCUGAUGGCUAUGAGGUGUGGGACAUGGAGAUGAAAAGUGUUAGCCAUGAACAAAGAAUUCAUUUUGUCAUGAAGCAUUACAACAGCUUCCCAGACAAGGGGAACAAAGACCCUGAGAGGCUUGAGUACCUCAUGAAACACAUUGGCUGGAAGGAUUACCUGGGCCUGCCAUUAAAUUUAUUGUUCGUGGCAACACUUUUCUACAUCGAUCAAGACAAGAUCAAGAUCACCACCACCCAGACCAGCCUGUACGUCACCAUAAGAGAUUGGUGCAUAGAAAAACUGCAGGCCAGACUCACAGAUCAUCCACGAGACACAAAGACCCGCGAGGUCCUCAUCUCUAUGGUUCUACAAGAUAUAUACGACAUGUCAUUGCAAGGUCUUCUACAAGACCGACUGACUCUGUCAAAACAGGAAGAGCAGAAGCUGAUUUGUUGCUGCCUUGGAAAAGGAUUACCCAGCAAGGAAGUCAUCCCAGCGUUUUUCAAUCUUCAAGACACCAGUGACAGGCUGGGGCAUCAUCAGAAGUACGCAGCCCCACACAAGAGCCUACAAGAAUUCUACGGUGCAUCAGCAAUCGUCCACAAGCUGGUGGAGGGCUCACACUCAGCAAACAUACGACGCAUGCUUCACGACCCGCCGCCAGAACAGCUCCGGAACUUAAGGAACCUGCUGCUGCACGUGGCAGGUCUCCUCUGCCAUCCUAACACACCACUUUGUGCUGCAGCCAUACAAGAGGUGGUGGACCUGCUGGCGGAGACUGGUGUGAAAGACUGUGAUGAUUGGCUGUCCAUGCUGGAGGACACUGAAGUGAACAGGACUGCCUUGGAUUGUGUUGUCAGACACAUUACAAGUGAUGAGAGGGAGAGGGUAACAAUAAGAGACAGCACCAUCACCAGUGCCAGGGCCCUCCUCCCCCUCAUCCCCUCCAAGAAGGUAUGGAUAGAGCUAAGCAGGAAGGAAUCAGACGUGCAGGGGCUCAUCUUUGAACACCACGAAUACACUGAGCUGCACCUGCACCACCAAUACAGGCAUCCAGACCAAGCCACUCACUGUGACUCCUUGCUGCGUGCCAUGCCCAGGAGUCACCUUAAGUGGUUCAGGGGUCACCUAAGUGGUGCCGGCACACAACUGCUGCAGGAGUGCCGGGGCCUGGAGGGGCUCCGCCUGGCCGUGUGUGACCAAGACGCCCAAGAGGUUCUGGCCGCCAUCAGCGCCGUCCACGCGUCGCUGCCUCAGCUACACGCCAUCUGUGAGUCCGUGACGCUGUGAUGCAC